AUGUCAGCCAACAUCCAGGAAUCAGAAGCUGCGUUCCGAAGAAGAAGCCACGACCAGUUCACCGAUCCCGCUUUCAAGGCCGAAGGCGCCGCAGCUGGCCUGGACAUCAAGGAGGAAGAAGCCUCAGCCAUCAAUGGUUCACUUCGAGAUAUCCCAUCUGUCUCUGUCACACAACACGACGUCAAAAGGGAGAGGGAUAACAGCCCAAGCUUGAGCUCAGACUCCGACCUCAGCUCACUGAGAGACUCGCCCUCUCCUACGCAGAUGGACCUCACACCCUCGACUUCUCCCCUGGCACCGGGUCACAAAGAUUCACCUUCGCAUCCGACAGCCGACGCCUCUAAACCCGCAGACCCUUCCUCCACACCGACAACAUCUGCGCAGCCUGCCACAAUGCCCACUUCCGCCCCGGCUUCUUCCUCGGCUUCCGCAUCUGCCUCUGCUAAGCGGAAACGGAAGACCCCCGCAGAGAAAGAGGCGGAGGACCGCGAGCGCGCACAGAAGAAGGCCAAGAGGGAGGAAGAGCUAGCCGCCAAGGCCAAGGAAAAGGAGGAAAAGGAAGCCGCCAAGGCCAAGGAGAAGGAGGAGAAGGACGCCGCCAAAGCAGCAAAGGCAGCCGAAAAGGCAGCAGAGAAGGCCAAAGCUCAGGCCGAGAAAGAUGAGAAGGCUCGCAAGCAAAAGGAAGAGGAAGAGAAGAAGAAGAGAGCACAGCCCAGUAUCUUUGGCUUCUUCAAGAAGCCAGCCGCGCUCGGAGAAGUGUCUCCCAACAAGCAGCCCGCCUCCAAGCUUGUGGAUGGCUCCCCCAUCCGCCCAAAGGCCGCAUUCACGGCGACGCGAAGUCUCAGCCCCUCGGUCAAGGACGUCAAGCCGGAGAAAUCAGCGUACGAGAAACUCUUCCAGCCCUUCUUCAUCAAGUCGGACGUCACCGUGGCACCGCCUCUGCUGCAGAUGGACGACGAGACAAAGGCUGCCAAGUCACGCAUAUUGGAUGAACAUCUCCGCAGCGAGCGCAGCGAUGUUGCCCCUAGGCCAUUCGACCCCGUUGCCGUUUUUCAGUUCAACGGUGUCCCAUCUCCACGUGGCAUUGAACACCCGGCCGUGAGAAAGGUCAUGGCCGAGAUGUUUGGAGAUCCUCUGGACAACACCUCGAGGACGGAAUCGCAGCAGGUUCGGUUCAAGGGUGUCCAAGAUCAGUUAAACUCGAUUCCCGUCAAGAUCCUGCAUUUCUACGAAGAUGUACGACCCCCGUACGUGGGCACCGUCACGGCGACCCCGAGUGAAAAGCUACGACGACUGGCCAGACGCCCGAUUGGACGACUACUUCCCCUCAACUACGACUAUGACUCGGAGGCUGAGUGGGAAGAGGAAGAAGGCGAAGACCUGGACGAUGAAGAGGUCGAGGACGAAGAGAAUGAAGGAGAGGAGGAGAUGGCGGAUUUUCUGGACGACGCAGACGACGUCGCAGCUGCCCGCCCGGCCUUCUUGGGUGAGACGGAACCCGUCAGCACCGGAGUCUGCUAUGAGAACCGCAAGAGACUGUCGCAAAAACCCAACGGAGAGGACUGUGCAACCGUGUACAAAUAUCGCAUGGAAUUCCUGCUAGAAUCUCUCGAGUCCCACCACUCCAUUGAUCCCUUCUCGACACAGUACUGGAAGCCCAAGGUCGCCGCUGUAGAGCCGACCAGUGCGCAGUCCAAAUUAACGGCCGGCACAAAGCCGGCCAAGUCCGGCAUGGCACCGCCGCCGCCGCCCGGCUCGGCACCAGCGACAUCCACAUCGGCGACGGCGGCAGCAGCAGCAGCAUCGCAGGCGCAGCCCGACUGGAGCACGCUGGUGCCCAGGAACCUCCUCCGGGACUUCAAGAAGGCCGUCGUCAGCUCCGACAUCAACUUCCUGACCAAGGCGGGCAUCGUGGACAUGCUAUCCAAGCGCUUCGACGGCGCGACCAAGAACCAGGUCAAGGCGACGCUCGACUUUGUCGCCGAGCGCUCCGCGUUCCCCGGGGAGAAGAAGAGCGCCAAGCGCUGGGUGCUGCGCCCCGAGCACGCGCUGAACAAGGAGUAG